UCUCUGCCAGACUAGAGUCGCGGGUCCCGACGACAUGAGCAACUGAUUAUCGUUUGCAGCACAGGACAGAUCCUGCACCUUCUGGCUGCAGCAUGGCAACAGAGUUCCACAACCUCCAGGAGAUGCAGCCCAGUGCGUCGCUGGUGACAAAGGUGUUUAUACAGAGAGACUACAGCGAAGGGACUGUGUGUCGAUUCCAGACCAAGUUUCCGUCAGAGCUCGACAACAGGAUUGAAAGAACUUUGCUCGAGGAGACAGUGAAAACCCUGAACUCUUUUUAUGUGGAGGCGGAAAAAAUUGGUGGUCAGUCGUACCUGGAAGGAUGUCUGGCUUGUGCAACGGCUUACAUCGUCUUUCUCUGCAUGGAGACGCGCUAUGAGAAGGUGCUGAAGAAGAUUUCAAACUACAUCCAAGAGCAGAAUGAGAAAAUCUACACUCCUAGAGGUCUGCUGCUCACGGACCCCGUUGAGAGAGGAAUGAGGGUUCUAGAGAUCAGUGUGUUUGAGGACCGAGGCUCAGGCGGUUCCAGUCCUAGCAGCAGCAUGUCAUCAGCCAGCAGCGCUCGAUGACUGGAGGGUCAGCACCAGGCCUAUGGGUUCCACCACCGGGGCAGCGGGACACUUACCAACAUCCGCAUGCUGAAACAUGAAAGCACCAGGUUCUAGGACAGGGGGAGAGGAAAAAGGCAAGGAGGUUAUUCACAGCAUUCACAUUGUUCUAGGAGUGGAGCUUGCUAAUAUAAAAACAUUGAUGCACUUGUGUAAAAGGAUUUACACAAGUGCAUCAGAACUCACACUUGGGCAUGAUACAUAUCACAGCAUCCAGAAAUACCUUUCAUCUUACAAAACCCAUCCAAACCAAAAUGAUCAUUUGUUUGAUUUUUUUUCCAUUGUCCGCCCACCCACACUCACUCUAUUGUUUCUAUUAACAUAAGUCACACUAUUCAUGUAUUGUAACUGAUUACCUGUGAUUAGAUUGGUUGCCAAUAUGUGAUUGUGCCCAGGGGCGUCACUGCCGUUAUCUUUAUCAGCCGAUUUAUCUGCGUGUUAAUCAAUAUGAAGUCAAUCUGAAGUCCCUGCAGCAGCUCUGGCAUCUGAAAGAAGGAAAACUACCAGCCACCUGGGAGACACAAUGUUCUCUCUUCUCGCUGAAUGACUGCAUUCGUCUCAGGCGGUUGAGGUCAAGCUUCUUUGAAUGCUGGCAAAUUGGACCUACUGUGAGAAUAUGCUUUGUUAACAUGCAUUUGGCAUCAGUAUCAAACAGCUAACAGAGAGCACCUUGAAUUAUUUAUCCUUUUCAUUCAUGACAGUGGAUGUUAGUGAUCCACAUCACAGCUGUAGGUCACACUCCUGCACGCAUCCACACAUGCACAUAUGCAUACAAAUGCACGCAACUGUGCACAAGUACACGGAAGAACAGACCAGGCAGGAUACAUGUACACAAGUGCAUAUACAUGCACACAUGUACACACCUGUAGCUAGUGGCCAUGCCUUCCUGCACACAUAUACAGUACAUUCUUGUAAAGUUGGAGUAAACCCAGAGAGAACAUUUUCUAUGUGGUCUCAGCUCAUUGGGAACACAAGCAAACGCAGGCCCUGGGAGGCUGCACUGCUUUUCCUUGGAGGUAAGGUUGGGUAUGUGCUGUGCAUCGUGUGUGCCAGUGCCAUCACCCCUGGCACAUACUAGGAAAGCUUCUUAAUGUGUAAAAAGUCACAGAUUGCUGACCAGAAUAGGUGAUUUUGCUCCUGACACAACUGAAAGAGUCUGAGCUUUUUAUUACUAAAGCUAGAAACACUUUGGUUAUUAAUGAGAGAAAUGUGUUUUUAUGUUAGUAUGGCAGAUCUGAGGACAAUCGUCCCAUAGAGAGUUGAAUAGAUAAACUCCUUAUACCUUCACCAUAUGAAUGCCAUGCAUGUUCAAAUUAUAUUUAUUUCUCCAAGCACUACAUACAAAGACGAAAACCUAUCUGGAAUGCACUGGACAUAGAUAGAUUUGGUAUCUAUAGUUUUUUUCUUUUAGCCAUGAAACAAUUGUAGCUCCCUCAAGUCCCUUCUGAACAAACAAAUUACUCAAAAGAACAAUAUUGGAGCUCUUAUCUUUGUUGACACAGAUUUGGUGCUCUUAAUGUCAUCAUCAUCGUCAUUUUUGUUUUCUGCAUACUCAUCUCAUAACAUCAUCACCUAAUUAGCUCCAGGAACACUUCACGUCUCUUUACCAGGUUUGUGAACACACACACGCACACACCUCAACAGAGACACUGCCUUGGGUCAAUCCGUCCUGAGGGAAGAAAUUUCAGUUACAAGUGAAACAACUCACUAAGAAGUCAGUGUGGAAAUGAUGAUGAUGUCUUUUUCCAUUCCUACAUGCCAUUUGAUUGCAGCUGUAUUGCUCGGAUUACUGGAUUUAAUCCAGACAUAUUGUUUCCCACAGCAGUUGAGUUCAGCUGUGCGUGUGUUCAGCCUCCUGUGCUUUUUUCACGCCUUCAUGUUUCUUCCCAGUGGAAAGGAUAUCCAACCUGGGGCUGAUGGACUUACUGAUUUCCAAAUGACUCAAUACUGCCAAUAAGCGAAUAAUGAAGCUCAUUGGACAAUGUAUACGUGUAAAUGACUUGUACAGAAGAAGUGUAAUUUAUACGCUUGUUUAUCCCCACUGAGUUUGUGAAUUGCAAAGAAGUAGAUGUAAAUGCUAUAAAUUUAAUCAGUUCCAAAACAUCACCAUAUCCUUUAGGUUACAUUCAAUGUUUGGAUUGUAUAUUUCUCUAAAUAAGGGCCCUAUAGGUCCAUAUUACCUUCAACUUCUUAGGAUACCAGUCCUUUAUGAGAAGCAAGCUUUUGUUAUAAACAGGCUUCUAACAAUCAUUUUUCAUUAGUAUGACAGUUUUCUACAAUGCCUUGCUUCCAAACAGACUCUGGAUUGGUACACAUAAAACCAUGUAUGCGUUUGCAUGAAAGUCAACCGGCUGUCCAUCAAUUCUUAUAGGAAACCCUGUGGUCUCCAAAAGGUUUAUGACACUCUUUAAUUGCUUAUAAAACCUUCUGUUCUUAGAAGGCCUUUUAUUAUCUAACAUGUGGAUGCUUUGAGCAACAUACGGAUGUAAAUUUGUCAGAAUAAAUGCAUCAAACUGCACUACUUUAGGUUAAAACUCUCAAUAUGAUACAUUUUUAAUCCAGUGCAACAAGAUGUUAAAAAAAACAUGAUUAUUUAAUUUAAAUUAUUUUAUAAAAGUGGGAUACAGUGGCAAUCUUCAUCUCCAACAGUGACAUUAAAAUGGGCUGUACCAGACACGUGACUUUUUUCAUCUUGGUGAAAUCAAUUUUUACUUGAUGAAAUACGGUAUUUUCUUUAAUAUUUGAAAUUUAGAGAAAGAGCAGUUACAAAAGCAUAUAAAUAGUGUAAAUAAUGUAACUUAUGGUAUUGAUCGUGAUGACAGUGAUGUCACUUAGUGGUUUGAGUUACUGUUGGUUCAGAAACACUGAUGAAUAUAAUCCUCAGGGGAAAGUCUAAAUGUGCCAAAUUCAAAGAAUCACAAAAUGAUUUGUUCACACAUGUAGCCCUGGAGGGAGCAAAAGUAAUGGUAAUAUCAGUCACUUUAUGGAGUAUUGUACGAAUUUCAGGAACCUUUACUUUACUUGUUCAUAUAUUUAUCCACUCAGAAUGAACAGUUUUUUUUCUUUAUAUCAUGUUUUUCAAAAUUCUUGUUACUGAUCAAAUAACUGCAGAUCUUAUAGAAAUGUCAACAGCAUCAUUAGUAUGUAUGUGUUAUGUUUCGUACUAAUAGGUCAGUAUUAAAGGAGCUUUAUUAUUAUUGCUUGUCCUUCAUGCAUGUAUAAGCUUUGCAGUUAUGAAGCCCAAAACAUUCUCCAAGGACAGAUUUCAUGCCCAUACUGCUCCAAACCACGGAGAACCAAAACUGACGUAAUUUAAAAAAAAAAAAAGCAGAAAUAUAUAUUUAGUUUUUCCUUUUCCUUGUGCAUGCAUUUGUUGUCUUUACAUUCCCUCAUCUCUUCUUUUUACUUUACCUCAUGCAGAAAUGCAUGAGGUAAAGUGCGUGGGCCGCUCAGUUAUCCAAGCAGGCCUAUCAGUAAUCAGAUCAAUACCCGGCUUCAGAUUGGAUAUAGCCCCCUGAGACAAGGAUGUGGACACUGCCGGUUGCGCAUUAGUCUUAAUUUUGGCCUGAUCCUGUUUCUUCCUCUUUAUUGACCAAUAGUAGAGGAGCUGGACCAAGAAGGGCAGCCCUCCUCAUUUGCAUAAUGAGGCAGAAAUGAAUAAGGUAAAGUAAAAAGAAGAGACAAUAAAAUGUAAAAACAACAUAAUGCAUGUACAAGGAAAAGGAAAAACAAAAAAUAUAUAUUUCUGCCAAUAUUUUUAAUUAUGUCAGUUUUGGUCCACCAUACCAAACUGCUUGUAAAGUCUUGGUUGUAGUACAGGGUCCUCUCGGCAUCAUUCAGCACAUUAUGCUAGAAAAAUGUAAUUAUUUCUGUCCCAUGAAAACCACACUUUUAAUAUUUAAUUAAACAUUUUUCUUCCACUAUAUAUAUGGUAUGGUAUGGUAAUAUAUAUAGUAAAUCUAAUUUCUCAGGCGAAAACAGACUAAGCAGUUGAGAGUUGAUUUCCUUACAUGUACAAGGAGAACAAUGAAAGUAGAGGAAGAAGCCAGUAACAACUGGAUACUGUGCAUCUCACUUAUAAGAGCAGUAAAAGGGGCGGCAGUAGCUCAGGUGGUAGAGCGGGUCGUCCAAUGAUCGGAAGGUCGGCGGUUCGAAUCCCGCUCUGUCCCAGUUUGCUGUCGUAGUGUCCUUGGGCAAGACACCUUACCCACCUUGCCCCGUGUGAAUGUGUUUGAAUGUGUAUGAAUGUUGGUGGUGGUCGGAGGGGCCGUUAGGCGCGAUAUGGCAGCCACGCUUCCGUCAGUCUGCCCCAGGGCAGCUGUGGCUACAAUGUAGCUUACCACCACCGGAGAGGAUGUGUAUGAAUGAAUAAUGAUUUCUGUAAAGCGCUCUGGGUGCCUAGAAGGGCGCUAUAUAAAUCCAAGUCAUUAUUAUUAUAUUAAAAGACACAUAGACUGUAAAGAGCUAUAAAGCUGUCCAAGCUGGAAAAGGCUGGAUACUGUCAGGGUGAAAGGAUUAUUGCCACCUAUUCCAAAAGGAGUCAAAUGUACAUAAAUUCCCUCUUUGUUUUUUUAUUGGGAAAGAACAGUUCUAUUAAAUAGCCUAGUCAAUUUACAAUCCAUGCUAAUUGGCCUGUUUGACAGCCAUCAAAGUAAAAAUGAGCAGCUGGCCUUAGCAAUCAUUACGCCAUAAAUGAGACAGAGCCUAAUAAAAUUAAAUGUUUCUGACUUAUAAAUAUGCAAAACUUUCAUUUUAUCUAUCCAAACAUAUAUUUUCUGCACAGGUUUCAUCCUGUUCAUUUUGUGCUCCAUGCAAAAAGCCCAAAGCUAAAAUUUGAACCAGGAACCUUAAAAGACAACUGUGCUAACCAUUUUACUGACUGCCACUGUGCUUUUCUGCUAAUACUCCUGGAAAAUGAUCAAACGGUAAGAGUACAAGAUAUGGAUGAUUAUGCAUGGUGGGAAAUUCAACAAAAUGAUGGCUAUUCUAAUAUUAAUAUUUAGGUCAAAGUACUGCUUGAAGCUGCAGCAGAGAUGUGAAACGUGUUUUAUGUAGGGCUAUAUCGGAACUUAUAGACAAGGAGAAUGUGAAGAUAUUUUCAAAAUGUGGGUUAAAACACCAUAUGCCAUAUUAUGCUUCAGCUUGUUCAUGCUCCAACAGUUUUGAUUGAAGAAGACGCCCAGGGGAGUGAAGAUGAAGAUAACGUGUUAAAUUGAGGGAGUACAUUUGACUUCUGAUCUUUUCACCUAUGUCAUGUUAUUUGUUAACAUGGUCUUUUAGCCAGAAGACAGUGCAUGGCAUCUGUGCCAAAAGAAUUAACAUAAUUAUGAUUAAAUAGCCAGUAUCAUAAUGUAAAUGUCCAUCUUGUCUUUGUCAUUUACUGUAUUUGAAUGUGCAGUAAGUCAGACAUGUAGAACCAUUAAUAAGCAAAUAAUGUUUGUUUCAUAUGCAGUGACAGCUGGGAUUUUAUUCAAAUCGAGCAAUAUAAUGUCUUCCUAAAACUAUAAAAGGUUGUGUACAGUCUCCAUAGCAGUUUCUUUGAGCUACUUUGAUGCUUGUUUUGUUUUGCCUCUGGGAGACUGAGCGUGCGUUGAUGUUUUAUGCUGCAUGAUGUGUAUGACGUGUAUGUGAACAAUGCAAGUAACAGAGGAAGUGAAAUCUCUUAUCAACACGGUCCCCAGCUGUGCAGAGAAAAAGGAAUUUAUAUCUUGAUGCUAUUUAUGUGUUUACAGUGGGUUGUUUGCAUAUUAUCUAAAAAUCAUAGCUGUGCUUUUUUCAAAAGGUGAUUAAAGAUCAAAACCUGGGGGACAAAUGUUUUAACUGCCUACAAAAUAUGAAAAAUGUGAUGAUGAUGAAAAGAACGUUUAUUGUGACU